AAAAAACUAAAAAUGAAAAGAUCUAAAUUAUAGUCAUCAGAUAUCUUAGAUUGGUAUAAGAAGAGGUAAAUUUUAAUGUAAUAUUUAGAUUUCCUUAAAAAGUAAAGCCAAGUUAUUUGUAUUUACCAGAGGAAAACAAAUAGUAAGAAAGAGCGUAAGUUAUAUUUGAGAAUUUGGAUAAAAAGAAAGAAAGUAUUAUAAAUUAGAAAGUAUAAAUAGAUAAAUUAGCGAUUGAUAAAUUGUAUGAUAUUUGUGUGAAGAGUGGAAUGAGCAUAAAUAGAAAUUAAGUAAGAAUGCUUUUCGAAAAGAUUGAUGAAGAUAAAAGCAGUAUAAAAGUAUUAUUAAAGUAGAAUGGAUUGAUUUGGAAGAGUUUUAAAAAUCAGUUCUUGAUUAAGAAGUUGGUGAAUGUAAUUAAUAUGAUAUUGAAAAUAUAGAAUUUACAUAAGUUGCAAUGAGAGUGAGAAAAAGCUUAGAUGAAGGAUAUCUUCCAAUAUAUUAUAAGAGUUUGAUAUCACAUUUAAGUUUUGUAUCAAAUAGAGAAGAACUAAUACAAUAGAUUAAUGAUUAAAAUAAAAGCAAGAUAGAGAGAUUUUAAAAGAUUAAAGAAAUAAUGAAGUUACCAUAUGAUGAUAUAGAAGAUGAAGAAAAUAAUGUAUAAGUUUAAUAAGCAAGGAGAAAAUUGAGUGAAUUAAAAUAAGAUUAUGAAGGCAUUUAAAAAGUGGAUGUGGAGACAUAAGAUUUUAUAACAUAAAUGAAUUAGAAAUUAGAAGAUACUAAAAAGAAAGGUGAUGAUGAGUCAUUGUUAAAAAAGAGAAUUAAAAGAUAAUCUUUACCUCAUAAUAGUUCAAUGAUGACUUUACCUAAAAUAGAACAAAAUCAUAUGAAAUGGCAUAAAAAUUUAAGUUUGAUAGAUAAUCAAGUUAGAUAAAAAAUAUUUAAUGAAAUAUAAAAUAAGAAUAAGAAAAUAAACUAAUUACUUUCACCAAGGAGUAAAAAAUAAAAGGAUUUAUCAUAAUUAAAAAAUUAGCAAUCAAAAUUUAUUAAAAAAGCAAAACAAUAAUUUGAUAUUCAAUUUGAUUUUAUGAAUGAUAAUCAAUAAUCUAUUGAUUAUACAGGAGGUAGAAGUUUUGAGGAAGGAAUACUAAGUUUAUUUUAAUAAUAAUAAUUAUAAGGUAAUUUAUGUAAUUUCACUAACAUUUCAACAAUAAAAAAUGAUAAGAAUGAUAGAGAUGAAAUUUUAGAUUAAUCUGGAGACCAUUUACCAAAAUCUAUAUUAAGAAAACUUUAGUAAUAUAAAAAUAUUACAAGAGAUUCAACUUAAAUAUUGUUAGAUAAAUCUAUUUUGUCCAGUUAAUAAUCAAAACAAUCUGGUAAGUUGACUCCUAUUUAUUAUUAAAGAAUGAUUCAUCAAACUCAUACAAAUACUGAUUCUCUUAAUUCGAAUGAUAUGCCUACUUAUCCCAAGAGAAGAACAUAUUCAUAAUAAGAUCUAAAAUAUUAAACUGUAAAAAUAACUUAAUUAUAUUAUUAGCCUCAUUUUAAACAAUCAGAAUUCUAACUUCCAUAUUUAUGA